UCUUCAGAAUUUCAAAGGAUAUCAAAACCACUCAUGGAGGAUCAAAACCGAAACCUACCUUAUACUCUUUCACAGUCUUCAACCCCAAACGAGUUAGAAACAACCAACAUUGCUGCCAACGUGAUGGAAGUUGUGGGAAAUGAUGCUGGUUCGGACACUGGAGCAAAGUCCAAAUCUGUAGGUUCAGAAUCUGCUCCGGUAAAAAGGGGCAGAGGGAGGCCUCGAAAGUAUGAGGUUGGCGGGAAGCCAUUGUCUCCGGCAACACCGACACCAGGGCUUGCCAUUCAGCCUUAUGGAAGUGAUGAGAAGCGUGGAAGGGGACGUCCUCGUGGUUCUGGAAAAUUGCAAAUUUUGGCUUCCAUUGGUGGAUGUGUUGGAGAAACGGCUCGAGGAAGCAUGUCACCUCAUGUGCUGAUUGUGAAACCUGGAGAGGAUGUCGUUGGAAAGAUAUUUGCAUUUUAUCAAAAAGGUCCUUCUUCAGCUGUUUGCAUUCUUUCUGCUACUGGCACUAUAUCAAGUGUUACCAUUCGCCAACCUAGUGCUUCUGAUGGUUUUUUGACAUACGAGGGUCACUUUGAGAUUUUAUCUUUAAGUGGAUCAUGCACCUUCACUACUGGUGCACAAAGGAAAAUUGGCAUGUUGAGUGUUUCAUUGGCUAAACCUAAUGGAGAGGUUUUUGGAGGUGGUGUUGAGAACACAUUGAUAGCUGCUACUCCCACUCAACUUAUUUUGGCAACUUUCAAGCAAACCAUAAGCAAUCAAAUAAAGAGAAAGGACUCAUCACUACCUUCAACUGCUGCUAAUAUGCUGACUAAUCAAGAUUCAGCGAAAGAAAAUAACUCGAAAGUUCCUAAGUUAACAACAGAAGGAGGACCUAGCUGCCUAACUCCAACAACAACAAAUACUAAUGGUGUAAUAGUAGAAGAUAAUGUCACUAUUGUUGCUGAUGAAAAUGUUCAAUCCGAUUCUAUUGUUAUCGAUCUUGAUAGCCAGACACCGGAGCCUGUUAAAGGAGAACCUAGCUGUCUAACUGCAACAACAACAGAUACUAAUGGUGUCAUAGUGGAAGAUAAUGUCACUAUUGUUGCUGAUGAAAAUGUUCAAUCGGCCGAUUCUAUUGUUAUCGAUCUUGAUAUCCAGAUACCGGAGCCUGUUAAAAUAUCUCCAGAUUUUGAUGCCAACCAUGUCCCUGAAGAAUGAAGCACCUCUCUUCAACCUUUGAGUUAUGCAGAACAUAAUUUCUCUCCCUCUCUCUAUCUCAUAUUUUUUAUUGCAUAUGUUAGCAGCAGGUUUUGUUUAGUGUUUGACAUUGUUGGAAGUGAAAGUUAUAAAUCUUGUUUUCUUUGGUGGCAUGCAGAAAACUUAGGGAAUACAAUGGAUGAAAAAUAAUAUUUGGAG